GAGGAAACAUGGCUUGUCUCUGAGGUUCUAGAAUGCCCAGCUGCUCUGUCUUCACAGCUUUUGGGUGUCCCACACUAAAGACCUCUCUUUGCCUAAAUCCCAAUGAACAAGUUAAUCUUACUAAUGAGUCUUUACCUGCUUGGAUCUGUCAGAGGAGCAUCAGGUCAGCCCGAUGCACCGCUUGCCUCCAUGGAUCAUCAAAGUUCAGCUCAGCGACUUUCAAAUAAGCACCUCUCACCUAUAAGUCUUUCAGAUAUUGAUGCUUUAUAUGAGACGACUUCAGGUAAGAAUGCAUUGGCUGAGCAUGGUUCCAGUGAGCACAGUUCAAACAAGCAUAUUGCUGGCGAACACACUGUGAAUGAACAUGAUGCAAGUGAACAUGCUUCAAGUGAACACAUCUCAGAGGAAGAGACUUCAGGUGAGCAUGCUCUAAGUGAACAGUCUUCAGAUGACCAUGCUUCAGGUGAGGGGACUGCAGGUGAAGAAACUGCAAGUGAGCACACCUCACGUGACGACAGUGCAGGUGAAAACACUGCACGUGAGCACACCUCAAAUGAAGACACUGCAGGUGAGCACGUCUCAGGUGAAGAGACUUCAGGUGAGCAUGCGCCAGGUGACGAGGUUGCAGGUGAGCAUGCUCCAGGUGACGAGGCUUCAGGUGAGCAUGGUUCAGGUGACGAGGCUUCAGGUGAGCAUGCUCCAGGUGACGAGGCUUCGGGUGAGCAUGCUCCAGGUGACGAUGCUUCGGGUGAGCAUGCUCCAGGUGACGAUGCUUCGGGUGAGCAUGCUCCAGGUGACGAAGCUUCAGGUGAACAUGCCUCAGGUAAAGAGACUGCAGGUGAGCACGCCUCGGGUGAAGAGACUACAGAGGAAGAGACUUCAGGUGGACAUGCCUCAGGCGGAGAGCCUUCAAGUGACCAUACUUCAGGUGAAGAGACUUCAGGUGAACAGCGUUCUGGUGUAAAGUCUGGAGGUCAACAGGCUCUAGAUGAACCUGCUCCCAGGGAACAGUCUUCAAGCACACCAUUUCCAAAUACAUCUUCAGGCACAAUAUUAAAUUGCCACACAUGUGCUUAUAUGAAUGAUCAAGGAAAAUGUCUUCGUGGAGAGGGAACGUGUACCACUGAGAAAUCCCAGCAGUGCAUGCUAAAGAAGAUCUUUGAAGGUGGAAAACUUCAAUUCAUGGUUCAAGGGUGUGAGAACAAGUGCCCCUCUAUGAAUCUCAUUUCCCACGGAACAAGGAUGCAAAUUAUAUGCUGCAGAAAUACACCUUACUGCAACAAGGUCUAGAAGCCUGACUCAGGAGCAGAAGGCCUCCACCACUCUACUUGAUUCAGUUCAAAUCUAGCUUCCAUACCUGUCUGAAUGUCAGACAAGACACUCAAGUAUCUUUCCUCUCCUAUUCAUGGCAUUACACAUUCUUCUCCACCCUGCCUCGUCUGCCCUUCCUGUGAUAUUCCAGAUUUCCUUUUUUAAAAUAAAUGUCUCGUAGCUAAAGAACAGAUUUCAGACAGACUUCCUUUCCCAUCAGUCCAGCUGCAGGGUCAGCCUGGGCUUUUUCCACCUCCACUACUUUGGCUGUUUUGUGUGUGGUAUUGGGAAUUGAACUGAGGACCUUGAACAUGCUAGGCAA